CCCGGGGAGAGGAUGGUGCAGAAAUCCCGCAACGGAGGCGUGUACCCAGGUACGACCGGAGAGAAGAAGCUGAAAGUGGGGUUCGUUGGGCUGGAUCCAGGCGCCCCGGAUUCCAACCGGGACGGGGCGCUGCUGAUCGCCGGCUCGGAGAGCACCAAGCGGGGCAGCAUCCUGAGCAAGCCCCGCUCCGCGAUCUCCGGGACGGGGAAGCCCCCCAAAAGGAAUGCCUUUUACCGCAAGCUGCAGAAUUUCCUCUACAACGUGCUGGAGAGACCCCGCGGCUGGGCUUUCAUCUACCACGCCUACGUUUUUCUCCUAGUUUUCUCCUGCCUGGUACUAUCUGUCUUUUCAACCAUCGAUGAAUAUCAGGACAGCUCUGAAGGGGCUCUCUACAUACUGGAAAUAGUCACCAUCGUGGUGUUUGGUGUGGAAUAUUUUGUGAGAAUCUGGGCUGCCGGUUGCUGCUGUCGAUACCGGGGCUGGAGGGGAAGGUUAAAAUUUGCCCGCAAACCGUUCUGCAUCAUUGACAUCAUGGUGCUGAUUGCCUCCAUUGCCGUUCUGGCAGCGGGAUCCCAAGGGAAUGUCUUUGCCACCUCUGCUCUCAGGAGUUUGCGGUUCCUGCAGAUAUUGCGCAUGAUACGAAUGGACCGUAGAGGUGGCACCUGGAAGCUGCUGGGGUCUGUGGUCUAUGCCCACAGCAAGGAGCUGAUUACUGCCUGGUAUAUUGGCUUCCUGUGCCUCAUUCUGGCCUCUUUCCUGGUGUACUUGGCCGAGAAAGGAGAAAAUGAGCACUUUGAUACAUACGCAGAUGCGCUCUGGUGGGGCCUGAUUACGCUCACCACCAUCGGCUAUGGGGACAAGUAUCCACAGACCUGGAAUGGGCGUCUCCUGGCUGCAACUUUCACCCUCAUCGGAGUCUCCUUUUUUGCCCUCCCUGCUGGCAUUUUAGGUUCUGGCUUUGCCCUGAAGGUUCAAGAACAGCAUCGGCAAAAGCACUUUGAGAAGAGGCGAAACCCUGCAGCGGGCCUGAUUCAGGCUGCUUGGAGGUUCUAUGCCACCAACCUCUCUCGAACUGACCUGCACUCUACCUGGCAGUACUAUGAACGGACAGUCACCGUUCCCAUGUACAGCUCGCAAACGCAAACCUAUGGUGCCUCCAGACUCAUCCCACCUCUGAACCAGCUGGAACUCCUCAGGAACCUGAAGAGCAAAUCGGGAUUGACUUUCAGGAAAGAGCAGCAGCCUGAGCCAUCACCCAGUAAAAGCAAACCAUGCAGAGAGUCACUAUGUGGAUGCUGCUCAGGAAACUCUAGUCAGAAGGUCAGCCUGAAAGACCGUGUCUUCUCCAGUCCCCGAGGUUCUGGAACUAAAGGGAAAAGCUCUCCUCAGGCUCAGAGCCUCCGGAGAUCCCCCAGCGCUGAUCAGAGCAUUGACGAUAGCCCAAGUAAAGUGCCGAAAAGCUGGAGCUUUGGAGACCGGAGCCGAGCCCGGCAAGCAUUCCGGAUCAAGGGAGCUGCAUCUCGACAGAACUCUGAAGAAGCAAGCCUCCCUGGAGAAGACAUUCCCGAUGAUAACAAAAGCUGCAACUGCGAGUUUGUGACGGAAGAUUUAACGCCAGGUCUUAAAGUCAGCAUCAGGGCAGUGUGCAUCAUGAAAUUUCUUGUUUCCAAACGGAAGUUCAAGGAGAGCCUUCGGCCUUACGAUGUGAUGGAUGUCAUCGAGCAGUACUCAGCCGGUCACUUGGACAUGCUCUCCCGGAUUAAAAAUCUCCAGUCCAGGAUAGAUAUGAUUGUGGGUCCCCCGCCCCCUUCAACUCCCCGGCAUAAGAAGUAUCCAACCAAAGGACCCAUGCUCUCUUCCAAAGAGUCACCCCAAUACUCGCCUAGAGUGGACCAGAUUGUUGGACGAGGGACAUCAAUGACCGACAAGGAUCGAACCAAAGGGUCAGCAGAGGGGGAGCUUCCAGAAGACCCAAGCAUGAUGGGCAGGCUUGGAAAAGUUGAAAAGCAGGUUCUGUCCAUGGAGAAGAAGCUGGACUUUCUGGUGAACAUUUACAUGCAGAGGAUGGGUAUCGCACCAACGGAAGCCGAAGCCUAUUUUGGGUCCAAAGAACCAGACCCGGCGCCACCCUACCACAGUCCAGAAGACAGCCGGGAGCACAUGGACAAAAAUGGCUGCAUCAUCAAGAUCAUAAGGUCCACCAGUUCAAUGGGACAAAAGAAUUUCUCUGCACCACCAGCCCCAACAAUGCCAACCAACACAUGUCCCCCUUCAACGUCCUGGCAGCACCAGCCAUACCAGCGGCAUAGCCAUGGAUCCUCCCCAGUUGGAGAUCCUGGCUCUUUGGUAAGAAUCCCGCCCCCACCGUCACAUGAGCGCUCCUUGUCCGCUUACAGUAGCGGGAACAGGGCCAGUGCCGAGUACUUGAGGAACGAAGACAUUACAGCUAAACACCAUGAUAGCGCUUUGAGAGACAGUGACACAUCCAUUUCCAUCCCGUCGGUGGAUCACGAGGAACUGGAACGCUCUUUUAGUGGAUUUAGCAUUUCCCAGUCCAAAGAAAAUUUGGACAUCCUUAACAACGGUUGCUAUGCAGCAGUGGCCCCCUGUGCCAAAAUCAGACCCUACAUUGCAGAAGGAGAGUCAGACACUGAUUCUGACCUCUGCACACCUUGUGGUCCACCUCCCAGAUCAGCCACAGGUGAAGGACCUUUCAGUGACAUGGGCUGGUCAGCCCCUAGACAGUGAAGCAUCUUGACAUCUAUUGAGCCAAGUCAGAGCAUUGGCCAGCCACCCACUCAUGCUGUCCCCACGUCGAACUUCUGAAGAAGAUCUACAGCUAAGGUUUUAUGAAUCCAGAACGUACUUAGCUUGUGGAUAUUUUCUUACAGCUUACUCUGGGGACAGACACUGAGCCAGCAUUCAGUAGAAAGAGGCCACUGUGGUGAAUAAUUCAGAGCCUUGAAGUGUCUGGAUUUCUUUCAUACUAUCUUUCUAAGAUAAUUAGGUGAAACGAUAUCACAGUACAGGGUAGGCAACCACAUUUCUUGGUAAUCCUUUAGGGUACAGGGCACAAAUAUCACCUGCAAGGUGGGUUUGUUUUUUGGGGGGGGAGGGAGUGGGUUAACUGGUGGCUGAACAUAUCUUUUACAUGCUAAUUACCAUACCAUGACACUGGGUGAUUAUACAGUCAAAUACUUUGGAGUUGCACCGCAAAUACAUGAUUGUUUCUGCCUUGUAAAACAGUCCAGGUUACACGAUGAUUACUUUUGAAUUUAUGGAAUGUGAUCCUCCAUUAGCCAUUUGGGAAUGUAGUAUAAUUACUGUAUAAUACAUGGAAGCUCAGUUGGCUCUUGACAAAUUGGGGUAUUUACAUUCACGUUACGGUAUUGCCCUAAAAAGACAUAUGCUGUCAGGACGAGUCGAGGUAGAAUGUUAGCAGGCACCAUUUGGAACCAGAAUGAUUUUCAAAUUAAAUUUGUCAUAGCGCUUAGGUGGAGGAGGAAAGUCAAAGACACAAAAUGUGUCUUUGAAGGCAAAGAGGAACACCACACAGGGCGGGGGAUAAGGCAUUUUACAUUUAAACCAUGUGUUAUAUUUAAUAGUGUACCCACCAAGCUGUACAGAACGGGAAGCCGUAAUUCCACCUACGGGGUUUUAGUAACUUGAGG